AUGAUUUCUAGUGAAGAAAAUAUUAUUUCUUUGUGUGAUCCAGACGAUGUAAUUCCCGUCCCAAUUUCGGAUUACGCCAAAAAGCUGGAUAUAAAGGUCAGAGAGCGUUAUCUGCAGAAAAUCUCAACUAUUGGAAUCGAUCCUGUUUUGAUAGAGGGGAAAAGCUUCGAGCCAGACUGCCUUCCACCAGUAGAAUCUACUGAUCUUCUUUGUUAUUUGGUUCUCGAAACUAGCUUCUACACGCAAAAGCAAUUUAAGUCUUUCCGAAGUCUCGAGGCUUAUAAUCAAAUGGUUUCGGGUUUCGUUUCGGACGUACAAGGACAUAUCAUCUCAAACAAGUUCGUGGUUUUAGCGAAAGUGCGGCACUCGCAGCGCAUGAAUGAGGCCUUGAUACCAAUUUGGAUUAUUACCGAAAUGGAUGGGACAAUCAACUGCGCUCAUUGUUUGGGAUGCAAGGCGGGAUUAGCCGAGUCAUGCUCCCAUAUAGCCAGCGUGCUUUUUUAUCUCGAGACCUGGACGAAGUUAAAUGGACGGCUAUCGUGUACUCAAAUGAAGUGCUCCUGGAUACUACCAAAGUUUGCAAAAGAGGUUGAAUACGCCAGGGUCAGAGACAUAAACUUCAAAUCAGCUAAAAAAAUGAAAGCUGACCUUGAUGCAACGAUAGAGAAUCUAUCCAAUGACCUCCAGUCUUCUGCGGGCUCGAACGUCUUUACUGAAAGCCCUGUUCAGAAACCGGAAGUACCAACGCCGACACAAGCGGAAAUGGAAUGCUUUUACUCUGAUCUAAGCAAAUCCAAAACAAAGCCUGUAGUGCUGAGCUUGAUACCUCCUUAUGCUUACAGCUACGUGUUGCUCAGUCGCAAAAUCCCUUCUGUAAUGGAUUUGUUCGACAAGAAUAACUUAGAAUUGCCUUACAAUGAGCUGAUAAAACUUUGUCAGAGCACUAACAUUGAUAUAACCGAGGAACAAAUCGCUCAGGUUCAAAAGGACACCAUUUCACAGGCAAGUGGGACAAACUUUUUUAAGCAUAGGGCAGGCAGAAUCGGUGCUUCGCAGAGUAAGGCUGCAGCACAUUCAGACCCCGCAUUACCAUCGCAAUCUUUGAUUCAAAGGAUUUGUUACCCGGAACUGCACAAGUUAAAUACCAAGGCUGUGUGUCACGGAUGCAAGCAUGAAGCCUCGGCUAUCCGUGCCUUUGAGGAAUCUAUGAAAAAAACUCAUGUGAACUUUAAGAUUGUAAAAUGUGGUCUCUUUAUUAAUCAAGAACAUCCUUGGAUACACGCUACCCCAGAUUUUCUAUGCUCAUGCGACUGCUGUGGUGAUGGUUGUGGGGAAAUCAAGUGUCCUUAUUGCAUAGAGAACUGUGAUUUUGAUUCAUAUGUUUCAAAACCCUCCUCUUGUCUUGCAAAGAACAUUGCUGGGCAGUUCACACUGCUCCACACACACGAAUACUAUUACCAGGUACAGCAACAGCUAUUUACCACUAAGCUAAACCACAACUACUUCAUUGUCUGUGCUGUGAAUGAAGCAACUAAUUACCUCAAGUUUGUCCAAACAAAAAUACUCCCAGACAAAGAACAUUGGAACAAAGUUUUACCCAAGUUAGAGAAAUUUUGGAGAAUUUGUGUUUUGCCUGAGGUACUUGCUCGAUGGUACACAAGAAGGGUGAAUCUAACUAGAGAUGGGGCACUACUGGUUAAUGCUGUGUGUUAUUGCAGACAGGAUACUGAGGAAGAUACCAUCAAGUGCUUUAUCCAGACUGUGCCAUUCUUCAAUUUCACUUGUCAUGCUUGGGUAUUGAUGCUAUCCCCAAGACCUGGUACUGCCCUAAAUGUAGGGCUUUACCAGAAUUCAAGCGAGGAGGAUCGAAGCAAAGUCAACUAG